AUGCCUCCCAGGAAACGCAAGUCGACGACGUCUUCCUCCCGCUCACGAUCUGCUCCGGAGCUAGCCCCCGCUCUAGUCAAGCGCCCUCGCACUCGUCUAUACAAGAAGCAGAACCCGCUACACAUUGACCACCUAUCCUUUCCCCACAUCAUCGACUCCAUUCUCGAGUAUGGCGGCUGGGCGGUACAGAUCAAGUUUCGGGCAACGUGCAAAGCCUUCCGCUAUCGGGUCGACUCGCAGGUGGCGAAGCACAUCGUUGUGCGUGCGGACGAGCGCUUUGCAUACUCGACCUCGCCUAACCGGCGCAUCAUCUCCUUCCACAGCCCUGAGGGCCCCAUUAGGGGCUUCCAAGCCAUGAAGGAACAGCAGCUGCUCGACAUUGCGACGUCCCGGCGGAAUAAGGAUCGCUGGCUUAGGGCUAUAUUCCAGCACGUCGAGGUCCUUGACAUCGUCAUGAACGUCCCCCUACCUGUGCGCACUGUGCUCGGCUCCCUCGCUUCAGCGCCCCGGCUCGUGCGAUAUGUCAGGCGCUACCACGCGCCCAACAGCGAGCUAGAGCGCAGCGACUUCUUCACCAAGGUUCAGGCACCGACCGUCGUCCUGUACCCCGGUAUGCGGCUUAAGCACAACGACGCGGGGCAGCACUCGCCUGCGUUUACGCGCUUGGAUGUCCCUGAAGGUCCAAUGCAACGCCUCGUCAUCCAGCACCACUUCAGGCGGUAUCAGAGCCUCAACCACCAACGGCAGUACUACGUCGUGUCGUCCAAAAGGCAGGCACUGAAGGAAAUCGUGGUGCUCUUCUCCCUUCCCGAUCCCGACGUUAACAGCCAGCCGAUCAACUGGGACGGACACGUGAUGCAGAACCGGAACAGCCUGUUCACAAUGAUCUGCGGCCUUGCUUUGGACCAGCACCCCGAUACAAAGCUGACCUUUGUUGGGCUCGAGUCCAUCCCACCGGGCGACUUUGAUUUCCGUCCAGGUACGCCGUUCGACACGGUCAAGGAGCACCUCGCACUUGGCGUGCGCGCCAAAGCGACCCGCCAGACAUGGUACCCGCUCAAACCUGAGAAUGUCGAUGCGACGUUGAACAAGAUUCGUUACCUGACUCUGGAAGAGUACAGGGCCGAGAUCGGCGAGACCCAGUUCAAGGCUGAGAUGGACGCCAGCCCUCCUCCACCUCCAGCCUCGGAGCAGCAAGUGCAGGUUAAGAAGUAG